AUGUCCCAUCCUUUUUCUUCGAGGGGAACACCUAGUCGGAUGCUUUAUGCUCAAACAGAUGCCCCUGGUCGGAGGUCUGUGGACAAUGACCAACAUGUCAUGCAGUCACCGCCUUAUGCACUGUCAAGUACUUUUGUCCAAUCUCAUGGAAGUAUGGAUAUAGGCCCACAAGCGUCUGGCUCCGGCAUGACUCCGACUUCAAGUCUAUCUGGCGCCGUCGGGGACAUAAAUAUCCCCCCGCAACUAUGGAAUCCUGCAACCAGAUCUCCAUAUUCAAAUACACAAACAUCUUGGGUGCCUGGUGCUCACAAUAUGUCCAAUAUUCCGCCAAACAUGCAACCCCACAUUCAUUCCACUGUCCCCUACAAUACUACUCCUACCACAGAUCUUAAUACCGCAACCCACCCUAACCAACCGUCCGUCACACCAAGUUCACCGCCAUUCGCGCAUACGUACCCAAGUCAGAUGUCAUUCCAACAAGAACGUUCUUCUCAAAAUUCUCCCGCCUUUAUGCUGGGUCGCCCAGGGUCUCGAAUGUCAUUCGAUCAGUCUCGCCGCUCUCCACAGGAUGCCAUGGAAGAAGAAAACAAACUCCUUCGAAAGAGGGUGAAAGAGCUUGAGCUAAUCAAUGAGAAAGGCCGCCAGCGCAUCAGAGAGCUCGAAGCUGAAUUAGCUGGCCGCAGCAUCGCUGACUCUCCAAUCCGGCACGCAGAGCCGUCCAUGGGUACAAUCCCCCCUGCUGUGUUCGGCAGAAUGUCCACUCCUCCGGCUGUGCAGGCAUCCUGGAAAGCUCGCACGGAUGCUCGUAUACGGCUUUUCUGUUCGUUGAAUCGUGCUGGAAAUGCGUUAUGCUCCUGGCACGAUUCGCGUCGGGAGCGUCGAGCAUACCCACCGCGUAUGGCUCCUGCUGGCCAUCUGAACUGUGGUUGCUCAUAUGAUGAGGCACUUUUCGAGGAAAGCUUGUCUCGUCAUGGCGUCGGUAGCUACCAUCCCGGAGAGGCCGUCCGCAUGGACCCUGCCCUUCGUAACCCUCUACUUAAAUUACUGCAGGAGCGAUAUGGAUACAGGGAUGGUGACUUCGAAAGACAGCCGGCAACAGGGGAUUGGUCAGAUGGAGAGGGAAGUGGCUUGUGGGAGCAGAAACUGCUUUCAGGCGCUUCUGGCUCCAGAAAAAGAGGCGAGGAUCGUCGAUAG